GGGACGCUCGCGCUCUCCCGAGUGAGGCAUGUGUCCGUUUUGAAGUGUCCGUUUUGUUUUGGUCAUCUUCAUCGGUGAUCAGCGCAGCGAUCUAGCCAUGUGGAAGCUGCUGUGGGCGGCCAUUCUGGUGGCCGUGCUUUCCACGUGUCAUACAGAUGCAAGCAGUGAGAGAAGCAAACGUGCAAUAGAAAACAGCCCACAGUUCCAGGGUUACAUCUAUGAGCCACCAUCUAAGCCUUUCACUUUUCCCCCUGCAGUGACGACACGGACAAGCAUAAUAACAUUGAGGCCAAUCACGGUGACACUACCACCAUUUACUUAUACAACUCCAAGGACAACGGUAAGAACACCACCACCAAGACCAUCAACAAAUGUGGUGACACAAGGAUAUACAUAUACAUCCCUGAAGACUCCAUUCCCAACGCCAACGCCGUCUAGAACACCGCCGCCACCACCAAAACCGCCACCGCCACCGCCACCACCACCACCAAGAACACCACCGCCACCACCAAGAACGCCACCGCCACCACCACCACCACCACCACCAAGAACGUCAACACGUGUGACACAAGGAUAUACAUAUACAACCCCGAGGACUCCAUUCCCGACACCACCACCGCCGCCUAGAACACCGCCACCAAGAACACCACCUCCAGUAACAAGCGGUGGAUAUGUUUAUACAAGUCCAAGUACAGUAUUUACAUUGCCAUCGAGAACACCGCCACCAAGAACUGUGCCGCCACCAACUCCUCCACCGCGAACAUUACCACCAUAUUUACCACCUGUGAAGACUCCACCGCCAAGAACGCCACCACCAUACACAAGGCCCCCAUACACACCGCCUCCACAAACUCCUCCACCGAGAACACAGCCACCAUACACAAGGCCCCCAUACACACCACCUCCGCAAACUCCUCCACCGAGAACGCCACCACCAUAUUUACCACCUGUGAAGACUCCACCACCAAGAACACCGCCACCGUAUACUCCACCUCCACAAACUUUUCCACCGAGAACGCCGCCACCAUACACGAGGCCCCCAUAUACACCUCCUCCUCAAAUUCCUCCACCAAGAACACCGCCACCGUAUACUCCACCUCCACAAACUUUUCCACCGAGAACGCCGCCACCAUACACGAGGCCCCCAUAUACACCUCCUCCUCAAAUUCCUCCACCAAGAACACCGCCACCGUAUACUCCACCUCCACAAACUUUUCCACCGAGAACGCCGCCACCAUACACAAGGCCCCCAUAUACACCGCCUCCACAAACUCCUCCACCGAGAACACAACCACCGUAUUUACCACCUGUGAAGACUCCACCACCAAGAACGCCGCCACCAUAUACUCUACCUCCACGAACUCCUCCACCGAGAACGCCGCCACCAUACACAAGGCCCCCAUAUACACCGCCUCCACAAACUCCUCCACCGAGAACGUCACCACCAUACGUACCACCCCCACAAACUCCACCACCAUAUAUCCCGCCCCCUCAAACUCUUCCACCGAGAACACCACCCCCAAGAACACCGCCACCUCCUCCACCUCCACCUAAAACCGCACCUUCUUACUUGCCUCCACUUUCAACUAGACCUUCUUAUGUACCACCAAGGACAACAACACAAGGACCUAUAGAAUAUGAAGCUGGAUCAUUCGUUACUGAAUUUGGAAGGUAUACUACGAAAACAUCUACUCGUUUUACCACAAGACCUACACCAAGAAUUACUACACAAUAUAUUACUCGACCUAUUCCUCAAAUCAGUACGCGAGUCACUGUCCAGCCAUCUACUUACCUUCCGCCUUAUUCUGAGCCCGAAAUUUCUACGACCAGAUACACUCCACCCACGACCAGAUACACUCCACCCACGACCAGAUACACUCCACCCCCGACCAGAUACACUCCACCCACGACCAAAUAUACUCCACCCCCGACCAGAUACACUCCACCCACGACCAGAUACACCCCAACUACGACCAGAUAUACUCCUACCAUUACAAGAUAUACUCCAUCUAUAAGAACAACAUUUCCGAGUAGUACGUAUAGUCAGACCACGCCUGCCUAUUCGCCGACCACUCCGUCAACUUUUACUCCACCUCGACCACCACCGUAUCUUCCGCCGUCAACCCCAAGACCAGUAUAUCCAACUGUGACGCCGCCACCGCCACCUGAACCUAUUUACAGCAUUACACCCAGCACGCCAACUUUGCCGCCACCAACUGGAAGGCCUGCACCACCUCCAACUCUGCCGCCUACAACACCUAGGCCAACUUUAGGAUAUAAUUACCCGAUUCCCGACAUUCCGUUUGAAACUCGCAAACGAUGAGAGUGACAUGAGCUGACACGGGCAGCUUGCAGCGCGUUACCGAUUAACGAAAUCUUGAAUAUUAGUAUGCGUAAUAUUAAUAUUAACAAAGAUUAUUUAAUGGUCGAUAUAGGUAACGCUGAAUCAUUCGCUAAAUAUUUAGAGAGUAUCACCUUUUUUAUAUAUCGAUCAUUUUCGCCACACUAUUCUUUCUAAAAAAGAAUUUAGUCGGCCAACGUACGAAUGUCUCUUUACAUAUGUAACGAGUACAAAAAAUGAAUAAAAAUUUUUAGAAAAAUGUA